AUGCCCUCAACGUCCCUGGCCCUGACGCCGGGCCUGGCAUCGUUCCUCAAGUCGCUCAAGACCAACCCGAUUGACACCUCGAUCGAGAACCUCAUUUCGCUGCUCAAGCGACGACAGAUCCGUCAUUCCCGGUCAUGCGCUACAGCAACCGCCUACCUGCUCUUGCGGGUGAUCUCAGCAUGUCGGACUUCGGAUCCGGUUAGGCUCAUCGAGCGAGUGCAGGGUGUGGGACGACGCCUGGUGGCAGCACAGCCCCGCGAGAUGGUUGUGGGAAAUAUUGUGCGCCGAGUUCUGGGAUUGAUUCGUGACGAGGCGGAGGAUGAUCGGGACGCUGAAUUCGCGCUCAGCGAGGCCUCGGAGAGCCAGCCUCAGACACCACGGGCACUGGAUGUCUGCUUUCCCACCCGGAGCCAGAGGCCUCCCCUUCCAAGCACACCGGGCUCUGUAUCACCCGGUGGUCGGGGACCAGGCCAAGGCAGCAAAGAUGUGCGGGCAGAGGUGUUGGAGGGCAUCAAUGAGAUCAUUGAUGAGUUAGGCCAGGUCGACGACCAAAUUGCUGCUUAUGCCUUGGAUCACAUCCACUCCAACGAGAUCAUCCUCACACAUACAUCGUCAACCACGGUGCAAAAAUUCCUCCUCAAGGCCGCUGCCAAGCGCAAGUUCACCGUUAUCCAUGCGGAAUCUUUCCCCAACAACCACGAGGCCACCCAUGCUACUGUCAGCGGCACUACUAGCAGCGAGGACGAGCUGAUGAGCGUGGAGUCCUUCCAGAAGCCGCUGAUCGCCCUCGGCAUCACCGUCAUUCUCAUCCCCGACUCUGCCGUCUUUGCUCUCAUGUCCCGAGUGAACAAGGUCAUCCUCGGCACUCACUCUGUACUCGCCAACGGCGGUCUCAUAGCCGCCGCCGGCACCCGCGUCAUUGCUCGUGCCGCCAAGGUGCACCAGACCCCUGUUGUGGUCGUGAGCGGUGUCUACAAGCUCAGCCCCGUUUAUCCGUUCGAUUUCGACUCGCUCAUCGAGUACGGCGAUGCAAGCAAGGUCCUCUCAUACGAAGAUGGUGACUUGGUCGACAAAAUUGAAGUUCAGAAUCCGUUAUAUGACUAUGUCCCUGCGGAACUGAUCGAUCUCUACAUUACGAAUCUAGGUGGUCAUGCGCCGUCGUAUCUCUACCGGAUUGUCUCGGACCAUUACCGCAAGGAGGACAUCAGCUUUUGA